CGCCCCGCCCUGGUUUCGGGGCGGGGCAUCCCCCACGCCUGCGCCCGCCGGGCUGCGAGAUGGCGGCGGGGCGGGCGGGCGGCGGCGGGGCGGCGCGGUACUUCACCCGCUGGUACAAGCCAGACGUGAAGGGGCGGCCGUGCGAGGACUUCUGCGUGCUGCAGCACUCCAACAGAAUCUGCGUCAUCACCUUGGCAGAAGCCCACCCUCUUCUUCAAAAUGGAAAAACAAUUAAAAGUAUUAAUUACCAAAUCAGCCCCAACUGUAGCAGACUUCAGAAUAAGGUCUCUGGGAAGUCAAAAAGGGGAGCUCAGUUUUUAACAGAACUUGCCCCACUGUGCAGGAUAUCCUCAACAGAUGGAGAAGAGUACACCAUUUAUAGUUGUAUACGAGGGCGACUGAUAGAAGUGAAUGAAAACAUUCUUAGCAAUCCAGCUAUUUUGCAAGAGAAGCCAUCAACUGAGGGAUACAUUGCAGUGGUUCUACCCAAAUUUGAAGAGAGCAAGAGUAUAACUCAGGGACUUCUGACGCAGGAGGAAUACGAGGAAGUUUUGUUGAAACGUCAUAAUAAUUCUGCAUGAAGUUAAUUAUACAGGCAUCAUCUGUAUUUGAUAUUUAAUAAGUUUCUUGGACACUGUAACUUUCAUAGGAUUGAAAGGCCUGUGUGUCUGUUUUUAAACGUGGAACUUAAAACACUGGUUUCACACAAGAAUAAAACAGUCCAUUUUGUAUA